AUGUUGUUCCUGGUUCUGUGCCUUAUCCUGUCCCUGGGGAAGAAUGGCGCGGUACCCCUCAUCCAGUCCCGGAUCAUAGGAGGCUGGAAGUGUGAGAAGCAGUCCCAACCCUGGCAGGUGGCUGUGUCUUCCCAAGGUUUCGCAAUGUGUGGGGGCGUCCUGGUGCACCCCCAGUGGGUACUCACAGCUGCCCACUGCAUCAGAAAAAAUAGCCAGGUCUGGCUGGGUGGCCACAACCUGUUUGACCAUGAAGACACAGCUCAGUCCAUCCAGGUCAGAUGCUCCUUUCCUCACCCCCUCUAUGAUAUGAGCCUCCUGAAAAACAGAAAGCCCAGCUCACACAAGGACAGCAGCCAUGACUUGAUGUUCCUCCACCUGUCCGAGCCGGCCAACAUCACAGACACUGUGAGGGUCCUGGACCUGCCCCCUGAGGAACCAGAGCUGGGGAGUUGCCGCUUCGCCUCCGGCUGGGGCAGUAUCCAUCCACAUGAAGUCUUGUUCCCAAGGACUCUCCAGUGUGUGGACCUCAACCUCAUGUCCAACGACGUAUGUGAGAAGGCGUAUUCCGAGAAGGUGACAGAGUUCAUGCUGUGUGCUGGGCGCUGGAAAGGUGGCAAAGACACCUGUGUAGGUGAUUCAGGGGGCCCGCUCAUCUGUAAUGGCAUGCUUCAAGGUCUGACAUCAUGGGGCAGUAACCCUUGUGCCCUGCCAAGACAGCCUGCCCUCUACACCAAGCUGACACGUUAUCGGAAGUGGAUCGAGGACACCAUGGUAGCCAACCCCUGA